AUGCGAAGCCUUCGAGUCUCCAAUUCGCUUCUCCGAGGCCCCAAUGGCAUCCUCCCAGCUGCGCGGAGCCAAGCCCAGGCACCGCUCGCAGCUCGCCUGAUCGCAGCAUCCAACACCCUCCCACACACGGCGGCGACGACAACAACAACCCCUCUCGCGGUGCGCUCCUUCUCCCAGUCCUCGGGACUCCAAAAGAAGAAGAAGGCACCCCAGUACUCGACUUACGACUCCCCGGAGAUCGUCUCCCGAACCUCCCACACUGUCGACGAGGCCGACCAAGACGACCUCCCCGGCUCCAAGCACCCGAAGCCCGACCCGGCCGAUCCCCUCAACUUCGCCGACGUCGCCUCGCGCUUCUCCUCCCUCGCUUCCCACCAUGCCGAGAUCCUCAAGAAGCUCCAGUCGGGCGACCGCUUCUCCCCGGAUGCCAUCGGCGCCCUGGUCGUCCAGCCCGACCGCAAGGACCCGGCGACAACCUACCCUCUCCGCGAGCUCGCCGAGAUCGUGCCGCGUCCCGGCGGCCGAACCGUCUCCCUCCUCCUCCACGAGAGAGACUACGUCAAGCCCGUCAUGGCCGCCGUUCAGGCCUCGCCCGACUUCAACCAGCAGCCCCAGCAAGACCCGGACAACGAGCUCGAGCUAGUCCUGAAGGUCGAGGCCACCAACAAGGACGUCGUUGUGCGCAGGGCCAAGGACGCCGCCCAGGCCUGGAGGGAAAAGAUGAGGAACGUGACAGAAAAGCGCAAGAAGGUCCACGCAAAGUGGCAGAAGGAAGCUGGCAUCGUCCCCGAUCUCAAGAGGAGGGCCGACAAGGAGCUACAGAAGCUGCAAGAUAAGGAGAUGAAGGUCGUUGAUGCCGCAGAGCAGCAGGCCGUCAGGAAGAUCCAGGGUUGA